UAUUGAAUCGGCUUCCCACGACCACAAAAAUGAGCCAACCUCCAACAAUCUUUUUGAAAGAACACCUUACCACCUUUGAAACAGAGGGAUGUGAUAUUUGUACGGUACAAACAUCAGACCAUGGAAGAUCCACAGCCACAGCCACAAGAAGAAGAGAUUGAGAUCAACUUUCGCCUUGAUCCAGAAGGUCGAACGGCUCGAACGACUGGCCGUGGAGACAAUACUAAUAAUAGUACGGAAGAUCCAGCACAAAAAACAACGCGAGGUCUCUGCUAUGAACCCACAUCUGUUCAAACGGAAUUGGCUUUCGACAGCACUGCUGCUGUUACUGUGGAAUCUGCCACUUUGGAUGAGCUAUUGCUGGAUUGUGAAAUUUCCGACAGCGGACUGAUGCCCCGUACCUUUUGGGUUCCGGCGGCGGGCACGGCACGAUGCAGUUUGGAACAAAUGGCAUUGGACGUCUUUGCCCAUCACACGGACGGUGAUGAUGAUGAUUAUGAUCCAGACACGUCCGGAGCCGAAUGGUGGGUGCAGAUUCGACCCUCGCCCGAUAAAGUGGGACGAUAUGCCAUGCACGCAUCAUCCUCGCAAGAUGACAAUGACAAUGACACUGACGACAAGCAAGGCAUUUCCUUUCAUUGGGACAAGGAUGAAGAUUUACGAAUUCUCUGUGGAGGCAACAUUUACAUUCAUCCUCAUAUUUCCACCGUCACCUAUCUCACCAGUCUGGGGGCACCCACAUUGGCACUCAAUCUACGAGUCAAUAACUUGACGGGAGAAUGGAUGGUGCCAAGUACUAGUGACAAUACCAAGGGGUAUCUGAGUUGGCCCCGGUUUGGAAAACACUUGAGUUUUGAUGGCAGAUUUCUCCACGCGGCACCAUCCGAUUUGAUGGAACCGGGGACAUUUGAAACACAGUGCCAAAUACCAGAAACUACAACUACCAAGAGUGAAAAGCAACAACGUCGUAGACAUGGUCGUGUCACCUUUUUGGUCAAUAUCUGGCUCAAUCACAAACCCUUUGGAGUCAAGCCGUUCCCCAUGAUUGAUAAGCUCAGUGGACUUAAACCCAACGAUCGAGUCGGUCUCCAAUUCGCGUCCAAGAAUGAUCCGACAACGAGGGUGGACGUGGUUGACGACAACAAUAACAACGACAAUAAUUCAAACACACGAUGCCAGUGGCCCAUGGGAAAUUGUGACUCGGGAGAAAUCAUUCAAGUCGACAUGCCACUCCACUUGAUCAGAGAGCAGGCAUCGGGUGGUGGUAGUCUGGCUAUCACUUGGAAAACGCCCAAGGGUGUCCAGUUAUCACGCACGGACACGAACACAACGGCAUCGCAAACCACAUCUACGGCAGAAAAUAAUGAUGACGACGACGACAAGCAGCAGCCAGCAAAGCAACCGCGCUUGGAGUGAUGGUUCGAUUGAAUGAUUGAUUCAAUCGAAUGAAUCGAAUCAUUCCACUACCAUCAUCUCCCUUUGUCUGAUACGUUUUGCAUGAAGUUGUGGAAGGCUCGUCGGGCCCACGCGCGCUAGCCAGGAGCUCAGGAAGGCCAUGCAGUGCCAUAAUUGAGCAAGGAAAGUCACACACUGGUCACCGAUGGGGCACAAGUCAUGGUACCGGUAUCCUGAAGUAAAUGCAUUGUUAUGUCAACUUCAACAACAACAAUUCAGGAAGCAAACAGCUGAUCUUCUCAACUACUACUAGUACACUACUUUUAUUAAGACGAAGAAUUUUCCAAGCC